CUCCGGCUUCAGCCCAAUAUGCAGCACGUGGUUAGUUAACAUGGAUGACCGAACCGGGAAAGGUGCCGUGACGUCAUGAACUUCUCCAACGUCUUCUUCAGCAUCAUCGUGUGCCUGUGUCUCACCUCCUCCCUCACAACUUCCUAUCAGACGUUUGACAGGUCCCUGCCUCAGGACCCGACCCGAGCCUGCAGGAGACGAAGGACGAUGAAGGGCGAACUCCGCAACAUCUGCAAGCAUGAGCCUCAUUUGAUCGCCAAAAUGCGGGACGGCGCCAUUCAGGCUCACGCGGAGUGCCAGCACCAGUUUCGCUUUCGACGCUGGAACUGCACAGCCACCCGGAAGAGCCUGCGGCGGGUUCUGCAGCGCGAUACGCGAGAGACGGGGUUCGUCCACGCCAUUACGUCGGCGGGAGUGACGCACGCCGUCACGAAAGCCUGUACGAACGGCGAGCUCUUGGAUUGCACGUGUGACAAUUUACAAGACCAGAUGACGAAUGCCCACUGGCACUGGCAUGGAUGUAGCGACAACGUCCGCUACGGAUACACGAAAGCCAAGCAGUUCAUGGAUGGCCGCUACCGGCGUCGGAGCGAUUCCAAGACCAACGUCAAACUGCAUAACUACGAGGCCGGCAGAGUCAGCAUCACCCAUAACAUGAAGAAGGAGUGCAAAUGUCACGGGCUGUCGGGUUCCUGUUCCACGAAGACCUGCUGGAUGAGGAUGCCCACGCUGAGGGAGGUCGGGAACAUGCUGAAGAGGCGCUUCGACGGGGCCGCCAAAGUGAUCCCAGCCAACGAUGGGACCUCGGUCUUACCCUCCGGUCCCACCAUCAAACCCCCGACGACCGAAGACAUCAUCUACAUGGAGGAAUCUCCCGACUUCUGCUCGUUCAACGGGAGCACGGGAUCGUUGGGCACCGAGGGGAGAGUCUGUCAUCGGGGUUCCCCCGAUGUCGAUGGGUGCGAUCUCAUGUGUUGCGGACGGGGCUAUGCCACCAUCAUCCAGUGGAAGCGGGAGAACUGUCACUGCGAGUUUCGGUGGUGCUGCGACGUCACGUGCAAGUCCUGCAUCAAAGAAGAAGAAAUCAAUAUCUGUAGGUGA